AAUCGUUUGUGGUCACCCCCUUUUACAUGGUGGACGCUAGAGGAAGGGGGUUUGAACGGCGAGAGGACCACUCGUCUGGUCAGCAGAAGGGGAGAUAAGGAGUGAUAGAUUUAUGAGGAAUUAGAAUUAGCGAGCUUGGGAAAUGGAAAGGCCUUCUCAGAAUAUCCUUUGGCCAAGGGAGUGCUCACCUGACCAAAUUAUUGGAACUGUAUUUCCCAGAUAGAAACCGUACUCCCUCCCCCCUAUAUUUUAGAGGUCAGAAGUCCGAAUCCGCCUAGAAAAAGGUUGGAAAAGAUGAGAUUAGAAGAAAACAAGAAAAGCAACAAUGAGGAAAUUAAUGCCGAUGACGAACAAGAGAUGGCGCUCGAACCAGAAAGAGAAUCGUCUAUCGACUCGCAAGUUUCUGUUUCUUCUCAGUCUGCAAACAGCAGUGGUGGAGUUGUGAACUCAGGAUACUCGCGUGAUUCCGAUGAGGAGGAAUGUUUUGUUGACAUCCGAAUUCCAUCGCAAGACAACGCUGGUGAUCAUCAGAAUCUUGACAGUGCGGUGAACAGAUAUCUAUCAUCGUCUACUGAGUGGUGUUUUGUAAGAAGAUAUCCUUUGAGGAUAUCUCCUCGUUCACCGCGUAUUGUGAGGCUGACUCCUCGUCGUUUGUGGUUUGAACGACACUGGGGAACGGGUCUCCCUGAGGAUGACCGACGGGAACAGUCUCCUCCAGCAAAAGAAUUAGGUCAUAAUUCCGAUUCGUCUGAUCUGUUCAACAAGAAAAUAGUGCAUAAUAUUGGUGUGUUCUAUUCCGAUACUGAUCUAUGCAGGGAUCCAACCGAGGACCCAGUGGACGAUGUGCCGUCGGUUAAAAAAGAGAUAGGUGCUGCUGACAGCAUGACUAGCAACAAUGCGGGUAAUUUGGGGGAGGGUAUGAACCCUUCCCAUGAUCAACACCCGCGACGUUCGUCCAACAGUUGCAGGAGUACAAGACGCCUUCAAACUCAUACACAACUUACACAGGAUACCUUUGUUCCCUUGCCGGAUAAUCCACAACCGGAUAAUGCCAUUAAUAAUAGUGCACUGCCGGAUAUACUAAAUUCACAUCUUCCACCGCCUUAUUCAACUUUACCCCCCGGAUCAGGAGACCGGGGCGGCGGACGAAGAUUACCGCCACCCUCUCACCCACCUCCCCCACCACCCCCUACGACAGCCCCGGCAUGUCCACACUUAUCUGCAAAUCCCCGCAGGACGUCGAGGACUGGGGCUGGCCGCAGUGGGGCUUUUAGGGGCUUCAGCCCUCGGGAGCGGGGUGGAAGAAGGGGCGGCCCCAGUUUUUCGGGUCCCCCUGCAGCCUCUGAAUCUGACGAACCUAAACAUUGUUGUGGGGUAAUGGUCACCCAAACAGUCAGUAUUCGGUGGUUUAUUGUUAUGAUAGCUUUUGUAGGACUUUGUUGUGCCAUAGUUGGUACUGUUCUUGGUGCUCUUAAAGCCACUGGGAGAGAACACCUGACAGUUUCCUUGCUCAUGAUUGGUGUUGGUAUUGUUUUAAUAACAGUGAGUGGAAUCGCAUGGCGCCUGACGUCACACGAUGCUCCAUCGUGUAGGGCGAUGCUAGGACUGCAAAAUUCAGAACAGGAGCCAAACAGGAGGUUCGUCCCAAGGGUUCCGCCUUAUGGUAGACCUCACCAUCCCUAUGCUGCCCCUUGCGCUCACUGAGAGGGAAUACAGUAGGCCACCCAGUUACCGUUCCCGGGCAAGCUCUGCGGGAGUACUGAGGCCGAGUACUGAGACUCUAUGCUCUGUAUCUACGCAGCCUCUGCAACAACCUCAGCCAACUGUCCUCACAACUAGUCACAGUCGCAAUCCUUCGCUGAGUCUCAGCUUCCUGUCUCACGAAUCACUCUUCCUAGACUCUGGUCAUUCGAGGCCUGCCAACCAGCAGGAUCCGGUACACUUCACAAGUCCUAGUGGCGAGUCACAGAACUCUGUUGUGGCCGGCCUUAGUGAUGACAGUCCUCCAUCUACAGGUCUAUCCUCCACUUGGGGUCGUGGCUGGAAACCUCACCACCACGACAUCAAUGCAGUGACCAUCGUCCAGACUACUGACUCGUCCCAGGUGCUCAACAGGGACACAGUGAUACUGUCAGUACCAGGCAGGGAGGUGCCUGACUUGGGAAAUACAUCGGCAUCUGCUGGUGAAGUGAGGAUUUUGGCCCAUGUAUGAUAAUGAAUAAUUUAGUUACUUCAAAGACUGUUUUUUUUUUCCCUAUCACUUUCAAGUCAUUGUGUCAAAUGAGAAGUCAGGAUGUUGAGUUUGCUUUCGUUCAUUUUAAGAACACUUCAACAAUUGUCUGGCCUGUGCGUGCAUUUUGUUGCCAUUUAUUGCUGUUCGUAGUAAUUCUGAAAAAUAGAUAAUCUCUUACCCCCAUUUGGUUUCUAUUCCCAAAUUUAAUUUUUAAAGUAAGAUACAAAUAAUAAAAUAAUUAGGUAAUUACAAUUCGAAAAUACUAACGGACGCUUUACUAGAUGGUUAUUGCAUUAGGACCUAACUACAAUAUCCAAUCUUCAAGGCGAAAAUGAUGUCUUAAUUAUAAGCAGUAGCAAAUGAUGAUUCACGACUUAACUAUCAUAAUCAUCCAUCUGAUGGUAUUCAUUUUGAAACGAAAUUAUGAAUGGCUGAUUGUAAUUCUUGUUAAAUAAUUUUGAUUCUUUUAAUAGAUAUUCUUUGUCAAAAUGCAAUGAGAUCUUGAAUAUUAGUAUUAGCUAAUUUACAAUUGAUUAUUAUUAUUGAGACAUAAUUUUGUCUUGAAGCCAAUUACAAAACUCGAUAAGUUUGUGCGUCCCAAGUGUUUUUUUCUCUUUGGAUGCAAAUAACUUCUGUUACAGAUUUAUUUGACAAAUUCUGUUAAGACCUACAAAAAUAUAUGUUUUGAACGAUGGAACCUCAAUUAUGGAAGUUAUUUUCACUUCAGUAAAAGAAAUCUUCAUGGCACUCAUUGAUUUUGCUACGGAGGUCUCUUUUUUUUAUCUGAUAUGAAAAUAAUGGAUUCUUUAAUAGUAAUAAUAAUAGUUGCUUUUAAUACAUAACUUUCGUGAAAAUAAGGAUUGUUAAUUUUUUAGACUGGUAAAUUUACCUAUUUUUAGAAUUGGCUCAAAAAUUGCACUCACAGGCCCAUACGUUUGUAAUUUUUUGGUCUAAUUUUUAUUAAUGGAGCUAAAUUGAUUUUAAUUAUCAUUUGCCAUCUCUAAAUCUCGUUAAAGAAAGUAAAAAUAUUGUGUGUUCCAUAUACUAAUCAACGCCAAAGAUUGUACAAGUUUAAAAGAUAAUGAACUAUUGCGUAAGGCUGUUGUAAAUGUGCUGUUAGGUUAUUGAGAAAUUAAUAUAAAAAUUGUGUUGUGUGUAUUUUGCUUUUUUUUUUUUUAAUUGUACAAGACAGCUUUAAAUUUGUUAUGUAUUAAAAGAAGUGCAAUUUAAUGUGACUAAAAAUUGUAUACUAAAGAUUUUUAUUUUGAAAGAAUUAUAUAAAUACAAUUUUUUGUUUUUGUUUUGCUGUGUAGGUUGAUAUGUUGUUUAUAACCGGAAUCAAUUUCAAAGCAGAGUUUAAAUCAUUGUAUUUCAAGGAUAUUAUUGUACAUUAAUUUGUUUAAAAGGGAUUUGAAUUCCAUAUUAAUAUCAAAUUGAGAAGUAACUUUUUCGCCUUUGUUUUCUGUUCUAGUCGGUUGUUGAUUUAAAAGAUAAAUAAAAGAAAAUUACAAAUUUAUUUGAUACAAAUUGUAUGAAAUUUUUUUUAUCCAAAGCAAAUGAAUCUUGUACCAAUAUGAGUUGUUCAAUACAUGUUAUUAUACAAAUUAUCUCUAAUAAAAUUAAUUUUUCAUCAUGAAAAUGUCUUUAAAUUUGUUGAGACUGAAUCUCAAAAUGCUCUUUAAUUUAUUGCGUGCAAUUUAUGAAAGAAAGAGAAGAAGAUGUGAUUUAUUAAUUACGCAAAAUAUUAAACAACCAUUGUAUAAAUCUAUAGUUUCUAAUUUUAUUUCGUUUGCAGUCAAUUUCUGUUAAACUAAAGUGCAAAGAUGUUAAAAAAUUAUUUAGUUUGAUAAAAUAAAAAAUAUAUUAGUGCUUUUCGGCUUGAAUUUUACAUUUGCAAUACUCUCAUAGAUUUUAUUUGUUAUGUAUGAGAAAUAUUUUAUAAGAGUCUAUGCUAAUAUAUUUGUAUCAUAUCAUGCUUACCAUGUUUGUAAAAUCUUUUGAAUAUUUUGCUAGAAAA